UUAUGAUAUGUCACCUCUCGUGAGCUUCGGCUUUGAGCUUUCAGCACGCUUUUCCAGUCAGACUCGGCGUGAAGUUAUGGCUCACGUGUCGGCGGUGCGGGCUCUGUAUAAGAGGAUCCUGCUGCUGCACCGCUUCAUGCCCGUGGACCUGCGGGCUCUGGGGGAUCAGUACGUGAAGGACGAGUUCAGAAGACACAAGACCGCCACAGACGAAGAGGCGACGCGCUUCUUGACGGAGUGGCAGAACUACAAAGACACUCUACAGACGCAAGUGCUGGAAGCGGUGGGAAACAAGAAAUUGGAGUUUGGCUCUGAUUUAUCGGAAGAGAAACUCAAAGACUUUCAAGAUGAACAGAUCGGACAGCUUUAUGAGCUUAUGCUUGAGUCCACAAAACCAAACCGACAGUUUGAUAUUCAAGAAGAGGGAACGCCAAAGUAACACACCCUCUGAAGGGAAAAAGGACUCUUUAUCUC